CACUACCCCCCCCACACACAACCUCUCUUCAUCACCUCAACACCCACCCCCCAAACACCUUACUCUCUACUUAGAGCAAGGCAUAGCCCUUCACCACAAGGGCAACACUAGCAUCUCCGUUUGACUGCAUCGUUCCUCCCGGCUCGCUCUCAAAAACCACACGUUAUCGCUGCAACCAACCCGCGUCGGUAGACACCGAAAGCCAAAGUCGACCAACAUUUUCUAUCUUGUUCCACCCCACUUCUAGCAUGUCGUCCGCCGCCCCCCAGGCCAACGGCCACCCCACCUCCACCGACUCUGCCAAUGUUGUCGUUGCCCCUCAGGCCACGUCUAAAAUCCAGCCCAGCGACGUUGGAUGGCAGUUUGUUCCCCAGUACUACAACUUUGUGAACAAGCAGCCCCACCGUCUGCACUGCUUCUACAACAAGCGUUCGACCUUUGUUCACGGCGAGGAGGGUGAGGACACGACUCCUGCCCUUGGCCAGCAGGAGAUCCACGAGCGUAUCGUCAACCUCGGCUUUGACCAAUGCAAGGUCUACAUCAACUCGAUCGACUCGCAGUCGUCGGCUGGCGGUGGCAUUCUCAUCCAGGUCCUGGGUGAAAUGUCCAACGCCAACAAGCCGUGGCGCAAGUUUGCCCAGACCUUCUUCCUUGCCGAGCAGCCCAACGGCUACUUUGUCCUCAACGACAUCUUCCGCUACCUCAAGGAGGACACCGACGAGGAGGAGCCCGAGGUCGAGGAGGCCCCUGUUGUGACCACCGCCCCCGCUGUCCAGGCCGAGGCCGUCCACGCCCAGCAGGCCCCCGCUGUCCCCGUCGCCGCCGAGGUUGAGCAGCCCACCCAGGACACUGUCGAGGAGGAGGUUGCCGUCCCCGAGCCUGAGCCCGUUGCCGAGGAGCCUGUUGUCGAGGCCGUCAAGGAGGCCGAGCCUGAGCCUACUCCCGCGCCUGUCGAGGAGCCCGCCGUCGCCGAGCCUGAGCCCGUCGCCGAGGAGCCUGCCGUCCCCGAGACCGCCCCUGCCGCUGAGGAGCCCGUCGCCAAGCCUGCUGCUCCAGCCGCCAACGGUGCCGCUCCUGCUGCUGCUGCCCCUGCCGCUCCUGCCGCUCCGGCCAAGCCCAAGUCGUGGGCGACCCUCGUUUCUGGUGGCAAGCCGGCGUGGAACAACGUGGCUGCCGCUCCUGCUGCUGCCCCGGCGGCUCCUGUGAAGAAGGCUGAGGCUCCCGCCCCCGCUGUGGCUGCUCCUGCUCCUGCUGCGGCCGCCCCCGCUGCUGCCGCCGCCGCUGGCGCUGCUGCUCCUGCCGCCGCCGGUGGCCGCUCGCCCUUCUACGAGAACGCUCUCAAGGUCAACACCGCCCACUGCUUCGUCAAGCUCCCCAACUGGUCGGCCCAGGAGCAGCAGGGCCAGGAGACGAUCGACGAGAACACCCUCCGCAACAUUGCCUCGCGCUUCGGUGACGUUGUGAAGGUGGAGAUUGUCAAGGGCAAGGCCUGCGCGUUUGUCGAGUUCGCCAAGGUCGAGUCGGCUCGCAAGGCGAUCAUCGCCUCGCUCAGCACGCACCAGGGUGGCGAGGGCGGUGUCUCGCACGGCGAGGGCAAGCUCAACUUCGAGACCCGCAAGGAGAAGGACGAGCGUGGACCCAAGGGACGCCGCGGUGGUGCUCCCGAGGGUGGUGCCGCCCCCCGUGGCGGUGGCCGUGUCGGCGGCAACGCUGGUCAGGGUGAGGGUGCCGGUGGUGCCCAGCGGGGCGGCUCUGCCGGCCGCGGUCGCGGCCGUGGCCGUGGCGGCGCCGGUAACGCUGGCGGUGACCGUGCUGCCAAGUAAGCACGUCAACCGCCAUUGCAUCUCCCCCUCCCUCUCCUUAGAUCUUGCAAGGCCGUCAACCUCAACUGGCACCCAUCCCCCCAUCCGUGCAUGCUUCCCGGUGGUAUUUAAUUUCUCGUGACAUUUGUUUGCAGGCCGAUCUCGCCCUCCGACUCCAACUCGGAAGAGAGGUGGUGGACAAGGUGGAGGAGGGCGGUGUAGCGAAACAAAAACCAAGUCGACAUGGUGGCGCUGGACGAGGUGAGGGGUCUGCAUAGUGUAGAGGCUGUGGUUGGUAGAUCGUGUUCCAGCAUUGGUGUGAGCGAGGUGUGCAUUGUAGUAAAAGAGACGUGAG